AUGGCGGCUGAAGCACUCGACUUAGUGACCGCCGAACUCAUCCCCCCCAUGUAUCCUCGAUUCGACGCUCCUGACGCCGAAAUAAUUCUACGCUCUUCCGAUGGCGUCGAUUUUGCUGUCUACAAGGCUAUCUUGCUUCUUGUGGCUCCUAUCUUUGAGAGUACGCUGUCUCUCCCACAACCACCUGGCGUAGAUGACACGUCCUCCCGUCCCGUGGUGCAUAUGGCUGAGGACGCGGACACAUUGCUCGUACUCUUGCGGUUUUCAUACCCUCGGGCAUUCACCGACGAGCCCCGAUUGUUGAGCAUUAUGGAUAUCAAACGAACGGCGAUGCUCGCGCAGAAAUAUGAUAUCACAUUCAUGCACGACAAAGCGGAACGGGCACUGGUCACUUUUUGCAAAGAUUCACCUUUUGUCUCAUAUGCCGUAGCCUGGCGUUUCGACUACUUUAGGACGGUACGAUAUGCUGCUCGUCGGUGCUUGGACUUCCCAGAAUUCUUCCACCCCGAUGAGGAGCUGGAGAUCUUCCCAGAGUUCGAUGAAGUGCCAGGGACGGCUUUCAUAGCUCUCUAUCGCUACCAUGCCGCCGUUCCAUCCUGUCUGCAGCCCAUCCUGUUGUGCUCGUCUCGGGAGUACCCAGUCAGAUGGAUCCAGGCCGAUCAGAUACAGGCUUGGGCUAUGGAUGACUCCAUUCUGCCAUGCUCCUGUGGAAAGAAGACGAUCUGGGUCAACCAUCACCAAGUCGGGCACGAUGACGCUUCCCGCGAAUGGAGGGUAUGCUCCUGGUGGUGGCUAUAUGUCCACGCGACAGUAACAACUAUGCAAAGUGACGAGCGAUCGAGCAUAGAGGACGCUUUGGAAACCCCGCUCAUGGAAGCAUGGGAACGAGCAGCUCUGUGUUGCUAUUGCAGAAGCCCCCGCGUCGCACACCGCGUUUUGGAGAUCACCAAGGCCACCCUUCGUUGUGAGAUUGAACGACUACUCGAUACGGUAGAUCCCUUCUGCACCACGAUUGGCUUGCAUGCUGAAGAUGUCAACAGAUACCACUUUGAGCCCUCGACACGGCGUAAAUCGUCACCCGCCUCUUACGUGUGGCGAUAUAGACUACAAAAUUCUGAUGCAGACUUUAUAAAGAGUAUCAUCACUGGUGUCAAGGAAUUAAUAUACGCAAUUUCUAUCACACGCUGA